AAUGUAACCGAUAAAGCCACAGUCACUAAAUACCAGCGACAUUACAAACAUUUGCAACAACCCAAAAAAAUAAUAAUAAUCAUUUUUAAAAACUAAAACAUGCGGUUUAUUCAUAUUUGCAAUAUUUUAGUUUUACUAUUAGCCUUUGGAUGGGUUAAGGCCGACUCUGAUGAAGAUUUUCAAAAAAUCAUUAAAACCUGUGAAAUAGAAGUCCCUGUGGUCGAGGAGGAUUUACAGGCUUUCAUGAAAAGUAAAAUGGAUCCAGCAAAAGCAACACCAGCCAUUAAGUGCCAGGGUAAAUGUAUUUUGGAAAAACAAGGCUAUUUUGUAAAGGGGGUGUUUGAUGAUAAAGCUUUCCUGGAGAAGGCCUUAAAUCAUCCCGCACUAAAGGAUCGCCAUGCUGAAGUCACCAAAACGGUGGACAUGUGUAAGACUAAAACUGGUGCCGAUGAUUGUGAGACAGCUUUCAAUAUUGGCAUGUGCCUGAGAGAAAACAAGGAUUUCGUUUUUGGUGAAUCAUCUUAAAAAUUUAAUUUAAAAAUUUUUACUUUUAUUUGCAAGUAUUUAUAAAGGUCAGAGAGAGAGAGAGAGAGAGUAAUAAUGUUAGAACUUAUUGCACUUCAGAUUUCAAUAAAAAGCAAAAAUAAAUAAAUAAACAAA